GAUGGAAGUCAGUGUGUUUGAGGCUCUGCAGGCAGGAGGUGUUUGAAGAACCAUGUCGGCUCCUCCAGUGAUGUAAAGAAGGAUCCCAUUCGCUUUUAUUCGAUUUUCACCUCCUAUACAGCUGUGAACAUGCACACUGUAACCUGUCACUGCGGGGAACGCUUUUUCACCAACAAUGCAUUGGACUUAAGUGUGGAUUUGUUCCAAGUUUUCCUCGCUGUCCGACACAACUCAUGAAACCCUCUUCAGAGCGACGGGUUUAUGGACUCGCGUAUUAGCUAAUGAUGUCUAUGGGUUUCAUGCCUGACAGUCUGAAUGCCUCAGAUCCCUCCAAAUCGGCCUUUCUAGAGUUUGGCCACGGACAUCCGGCACACCAGCAACACUCCCCCGGACUCUCUCACAUUUACCCCGUCCAUGGCUUACACGCUGCUGGGCAUUCCCAGCACGAAAGUCCUUUUCCUGGCAGCGCGUCGUAUGGCCGCUCUUUGGGCUACGCCUACCCCGGCGCGGUGAACACUCAUCCCCCGUCUGCUUACAUGCCCUACCAGCACAGCAAUCACUGCAGCAACAGCAGCAGUCUGGCCCACAGCAGAUUAGAGCAGACAGAUCGCGAGAAGUCCACGGUGAUUGAGAACAGGGAUAUUCGUCUAAAUGGCAAGGGGAAGAAAAUCCGGAAGCCUCGGACCAUCUACUCCAGCCUGCAGCUGCAGGCCCUGCACCAGCGCUUCCAGCAGACCCAGUACCUGGCCUUACCGGAGCGGGCCGACCUGGCGGCCAAACUGGGGCUCACCCAGACUCAGGUGAAAAUAUGGUUUCAGAAUAAGCGCUCCAAGUAUAAAAAGAUCAUGAAGCAUGGCAGCGGAUCAGAGGGAGAACAUCUCCACAGCACCAGCUCCAUCUCCCCCUGCUCGCCCGGGUUGCCCCAGCUUUGGGAGGUUUCCAUGGCGAACAAAGGAGCCUCAAUGCACCCAAACAAUUACAUGAACAGUUUUGGUCACUGGUAUCCAAACCACCAUCCUCAUCAGGACGCGAUGCCCAGGUCUCAGAUGAUGUGAGUGGAUUGUUGUUGUUUUUUUGGUGCCGUGCAGACCAGCGGCUCGGCCUGUGAGAAGCGCACUACACUGAACCGGCUGGUCUCCCUCAAGGCCUCUUCUCAGACCUGAACUGCCUUUUAAACGUUUGUCUCGUAUUCACUGUAUUUCGUGUGCGUUUGGAAUUAUAAUUUCACUGCAAAAUAUUCUACCAGGCAUUAAAUGCUUCUUUUUUUUAUUUUUAAGAUUUGUUAUUAAGUCGCUGCAACCUCUGGUGCUCGACCCCAUCUCACUGACAUGUGGAUUUAAUGUGUGCAGUUUACUAAGAGAC